UCUAGUGUUUGCUCUUUUUAAAUGGUUGCUGAUUGGGAAAAAUACCAGAGUAAACUGAUGUUUCAUGGCACGUACCACCACGUGUCUGGGGGGCGACGAUCUUUAGGGCGUGGGAAGCAGUAUGAUAUAAUGACGAAACGCGCCCAUGCUUUGGAAUCAGAAACACCUGGAUCUGAGACCUAGCUCUGUGGUUUACCAGCUGUGUGUUCUGGGACAAGUUAUUACACUUCUCUGGGGCUCAGCUUCCUUGUCUUAAGAUGGGCUAAUACAGUGCUUACCUCAUCGUAUCAUCAAGUUGGGCAGGAAACAGAUGGUGAACUUGAACUGGGACUGUUUACAAAGAUGUGGGGAGGGCUUAGGGAAAUGAAGAUGAGACAGUGAAGCAUUUGGGGCUAGCAACAAUGGGGAGCUGUUACCACUCCUAACCUGAAGUUAUGAAAGAAGGGAAUAAAUAAUAGGUAAGGGGACCCAAAGGAGGCAGCUAAUUGGAAGGGUGUCUGGCUGGAGCUGUGGGCUCCGGUGGAGGAUGCAGUUGGCCUAAAGUGACCCGAUGGGGACCUGGGGGAAUAACUUAACCACUUGCCCUCCUCGGGGAACUCCUGACCUCAUCUUCCUGUGUCCUUCCAUCUCUGGCUAAUGCUCCCCAUGGACCAAAUCUAACCAGAAUCCAGAGGCAAGCUAGAUGAGCGAUGUGGCCCAUUCAGGUCAGCCUCCCAGACCAGAACAGGUAGAGAAGACGGAGAGUGGAUCUGCAGGAGCAAAUAGAAGAUUAAACAAAAUAGAGACCGUGAUGAGGUUAGCAUCAUGCCUGGAACACAGUAAGUCCACAAGCCCUCAACAAAUGUUAAUUUAUGUUGGACUUUGCACUCCCUGUCUGCCUGUUUUGCUUACUGCUUACUUCCUGGUUUUCAUCAGCUCACGUAUAGUUGAGAUAACUUCCAAAUAAUCAAGUGUUAUUAUCUAUAUUGGAGUGUUAUGAAGUAGUAAUGAGUGUAUAAAAAAGAUAACCAGGGACUCUGGGGGUAAGAGAUGACAGAGGGAAACAGAAGAAGGAGAGUACGUAAGAGAAAAGGAUGGAGAAAACUGUAUGUUCCCUAUGAGGCUGGAAUGAAUGCAAGAUUACCUUACUUUAAAAUCAAAUAAUGCACUUACUGGGAUGUGAUAACAGUGCAUUUGCAAUUUUACAGCCCAGUGAGACUUGCCAGAAAGGGAUUUUGCAAGGAAGGUCUUCCUGCCCUAAAAGCCAAACCUAGUGCUUACUUCUAGAUUAGUAGGUCUUAACCCAUCAUGCCUGCUCCCCCAAAACCAAGUAGUCAAAUGUGUUAAUCUGGAUGUUUAAAUACCUGCAUGUUCCUGCCUAGGUGCCUGGGUCAGGUGAAAGUUCUAUUCUGAUUUGGGAAAUGGCUACAGUGUGUUGGUCCUCACAUGGGAUAGCUCCCAGGUAGGAAGGGGGCCCCAGACAGUAUCUGAAGAGUGGCUCAUAAACUCAGUGUCCUUUCCUCCAGCCUUUACCAGCUGCUGACUUGGCCCCUUAGGAAUCUGUCUUCAUUCUACAAGCUAUUCUCCAGUGUCUGGUUCAGGCACCAGAGCAGAGCAUUCCAGGCUUUCUGUGAUUGGUCCUGGCCACCUGUUCCAUCUCCAAGACCCUCCAGCAUCCUUCUCUCAUUUGCUUACCCUAUCCUCCAGGCCUUGGCACAGGCCACUCUCUGUGUCCGGGACAUACACCCUCCUCCUGGCUAACCUUCCUCAGCCUCCAGGACCUUUCAAGUGUCCUCUCCUCUGAGAGCCUUGCUGGACUGCCCACGGGGAGUUGGGAAGCCCUUCCACAUGCUCCUGUUAGCCCUCUUCGAUUCUCUCACUCACAGUACUUCCACACUGUCUUGGUUUCCUGGCUAAUCUCUCCCAACACACUGGACACCCCUUGAGAAGAGACUUGACAUAUUCAUCUUGAUUUUAAUGUCAUUCAGCAAAAUUCCUGGCACUCAGAGGGCAUGCAACAAAGCUUUAGUGAAUGAAUGUUUAGAGCGUAAUUCAGAAAAUAAGCAAAAAAAAGUGUCACAAACACCAAAGCACCAAGUUAACCAAGCUAUAUGUUCUAGAACAUUCUUCUUCUCCUCCUGUCACUCUAGCUCUCCUGCGCCUACAGCAGACAGGACAGAGUCUGCUCUUUCACCUGCUCUUUUCUAGUCUUUUCUUUCAGGUAUCCCCUGAAAUGCCACUUCCUCAGAGGCUAUCCCUGACUACCCAAUCCAAAGCAGUCAGUCUCUUGAUUACACUUCAGUCUAUUUUAAUUUGUUAGAGAGCACUUACUGCUAGCACCAAGGUUUUAUUUCUGUGUUUUCUUUCUAUCUCCACCAUUACGCUGUAGCUCCGUGUGAGCAGGGACCUUGUCUGCUCACUAUUGUAUGCCCAGCACCUCGCACAGUGUGUGGCAGAGUGAAGUGUUCAUUAAAUACGCGUUAAAUGAAUGCAGGCCACUGCUGCUGCAUGCUGAGUUAAUUUGAUGUAUGGCUUCUAUCACUGCUGUCAGAUUAGGUGCUCUAGAGAAACUCAGAAAGGGCUGCGUCUCCUCAUGACAUUGCAGGUUGGGAGGGAGACCUCAGUUCCCUUCCUAGGCCAAAGUGGGAUAUGCUGCCUGCUUGCAGCUUCCUUGUGGCCUGGACUUCCCCAUGAAGGCCAGAUGCUGAGCAAUCCCAGCCCAUGUGUCUGCAGGCUCCUAAUACUGAAAUGUUCCUCUAGCUUUCUGUGAGAGCAGCUGGAGCCGCCCAUUGCCUACAUUGAUAGAGGAAUGUGCCCAGGGCUCCUGGCUGGCCUGACACGCAGCAGGAGGCAGGCACAAUAGCCAGCACAGUGAGGACACAUCACACUUCUUCCUUUUCCCAUAACCCUACGCUGAGAGUGCAUGCCGCCGCCUGGUUGGGAGCAGAAACUGGCCUCACUUCCUGGGGCCUGCUGAGCAGACAAUGUGGCUUUCUAGCUGUGGCACAGAAGAAGGCAAAUCUUUACUAGCUGUGGCCUCACUCCCUGCCCCUCCCAUUCCUGCAGAAAUUGCUCUACCAGCUCAGCAGAGUGCCAGGUCUGGAAUCUCUCACCUGUCCCUGGCCCUUCCUUUAAGCCCUCUGGUUUACUGGAAAUCAUAAACUGUGAGACACAGCUUUUAUCACACCCUGAACAGUUCACUCUUAAGAUUUAAUGCUGGAGGCUAAAACAACCAGAGACACUGGAGGCCUCCUGCUUACUCACAGUGACUGAUGUUUGCACCUGGCAGUUGAGGUCAGGUUGCUCCUCUUAAGUCACAUGAUUUGCGUCAAGGCAGGAAGGUGUCGGGGCCACUUGUUGCAAAGAGACCAGGAGGCGACCACAGAAACGCUGCAAACCAGCCAUGGCAGCAAAGGCUGUGCUUUCAUGGGAGCCAGCCCUAGGAGUGUGGAGCUGGGCUGGCAGCUGGUAAAUGACCCUCUCGGAGCCUAAAUAAACCCUAGCUUUUCACUCAGAGCAAGCUCAGGAUGCCUUCCUCCCUCUAAAACACCUGCUGAAUUGAAUCACUUUCAACCCUUUCUGGAGUAGGAUGAGGCAUUAGUUAAUUAACAAAUUAAUUAAGUGUACCGAAUAGUCACCCAGAAGAUACUCGUCACUUAAGGGUCUCCAAAUCACAGUAUAGGUCCCACCCUACCCAGAUACCUAAUCUUGUUCCAGGGGUUGCUUGACCUCAGGCAUUUAUCUCCUGGUUGUCAUGGAAUGUGCUCAGAUAAACAGUAGCACACCAACCUGGCCCCUCUGCCAGCCUCAGAUCCUUCUAAGAGCAGUGGAGCUCCCUGGUGGCCACCAGUCACCUGGGCUCCAGGCAGCCCAACACACAUUCCCCUGCUGAGGUCUCUCACAUGGCCUCUCUAGGCACAAAGUAGGUGCUCAGUAAAUGCUUGUGGCAUGAAGGAACCUCCUGGAGUGUGUGAGUUCUCAGGCUUCAAGGCCCCUAGACAAGCAGAUGUCUCUCCCCUAUCACCAUAGUCACCCCAGGGACUGCAGGGCAGGCCGAAAUCAGCCAGUGACUCAGCUCCCUGGGCAAUUCAGCUGGCCCACAGGCCACUUCCUCUGCUCCCCAGCGCCAAAGGGAUGCAGAUCAGCAAGGAAGAAGCCAGCUGCAGGCACGCAGCUCGAGGGCAGGUGGGCAUGAUGUCUGGCUACCACUUGCACCGGACGCCACACACAGCCAGGGUGGCAGAAGGCCCCACCCACCGUGUGCCAGUGGGACACCACCCUCAUGAUCUGCGUUUCCAGGUUUCCAACUGAGGACUGAGCACACUCUCAACAUGGCUCUCCUAACUGCUCUCAAGGAUGGACAGCUGGCCUCAAGGGGACACUGCAAAGGGGCUCUAGGAAGAAGCCACUGUCCCUCCAGACCAUAAAAAUGGCUACCAGGGGCAAAGCCAACAGUUUUCACUGUAAACUUUUCUCAAGAAAAUCACAGAUUUUCCCCCUCUGCGAUGCUCAGCUCACCCUGGAAAGGAGGAGGACCCAAGCUGACACAAUGAUGCCCUUCCUUGACUUGGAGAACGUUGGAAAAGGCCCACGUUUUGGAAGGCUCCAAUUCUGCACAUGUUGGCUCAGGUGUCAGCCCUGCGCUCUCCUGCCCUGGGGAAGCAAUGAUCCAGUUAAUGUCCUCUGUAACGGAGAAAAGGAAGAGAAUCUUGCAGCAGAUUCUGAAAUGUGUCUUCUAGCCUCUGCACUAUCCAGCGCGGCCACUGCCAUGGAGAUGUACAUAGUGACAUGUUCACACAGGAAGAGACCAGAGAGGAUGGACUAUAAGUAGUCUAUAGGUUGUUAUUCAUUUGAAAGUGAGGGCCAGUGCACUGGGACAAGAACCCUCCCUGGCCAAAGAUCCAGUACUGGAUGGAGUCCAUGUGCCGUAUGAGCUUGUUUUCCUGUUAACAUGCGACCUCCAGCUUACAUUCAAGCCGGUUAGUACUUCCAUCCCACUGCUCUAGUGUGCCCUCGGCCCAUGGGACUUACCAAGGUAAACGAAGUAGGGAGACAGGAUGCUGCCCAGGCGGGACGCUGUGGAGCUGACUCCCACACCCAUGUUUCUCACUACUGUGGGAUACAGCUCAGCUGUGUACACGUAGACCAUGGAAAAGGCAGCCGUGACUCCAAACUUGCCCACCAUCACCAGGACUGUAGCCAAAUAAUACAAGUCUGGAGGAGCAAAGGAUAGAGGGUAGGAUUAGGUACCAACCCACGGCACACAGCUAUUGAGAGCAAAACAAACAUACUUGCUCCCCAAAUUUUUGGGGGAGUCAGUUUCUAUCACUUCCUAUUGUGGGGGAAGGAGCUAUAGCCAAGACUUCCCUCCAAGUUGACUGCUGAAAGGAGGCUGGGGACUGCAGCUAUAAGGACAUGUGCUUUCCUCAGCCUGGAGACCACCAGAGUAAGCUUCUCAAUAGUCCAAUCAACCUGCUUCCCAGUCCAGAAGUCAUUAAAGACAUGUCUGUCAGGGAUUAGCUGUCACCCCCAGACCUCACACUGCAGGCACUAUGGAAUUAACUCAUGAUGUUUAGAUGAAUGGAGAAUUCAUUGCUAACUCAUUUCAUGCUUU